UUCACGGAGCGUCAUCUCGCUCGUCGUCCCGGCUCCUGAGGCUCGUCGCGCGCGACGCGAAAGUUCGUCCAGGUUUUGUUAAAUCGAGAUCCGGUUUGCAACAACUUUAUUCCUAUCUCUAGUUUCUUCGCGUCCGCGCAAAAAACCGUGAGAGCGCGAUUUACCGUUGAUAACCAAAAAAAUGUAAGUCGGGGAGAGAGAGAAACCGCGUCUUUUUUCGUAGAGCACGAGCAGCUUCUCUCGCAAAGAGACGAGGUACGCGAGAAAGGAGAGAGAACGUGGUUAUUCCGCAACGUUGCCGUGGCUCCGCUCCGGGACAGCGCGCGCUGUCAAAGAUCGCUCGAUCCCGGUGUUCGCGCGCUCUCUUUCUCUCUUCUCGAUCCUCUUGUCGUUGCUCGCCGCCCGGAUCUUCGGUUAUUCGGUCGCGCACGUCAAUACGUGUCCGAUAUCGUUCGCGAGAAGCGAUGCGAGACACGGGCCAUCGUCGGCGGCGCGUGUAAGAAUGUAAGAGGCUGAAGAAGGGACGAGAGAGCACACGAAGAGAAACGCUUGGUCCACCGGCUUAAUCCUCCUCUCCUUCGCCGCUUUCAGCACGAGGAGAAAGAGAGAGAGAGAGAGAGAGACCUGGACUUCGGAAUUCGGUUAAAAAGAAACUUCGGCAGUCGCGGUUAAAAGAGAGUCCGCACACACGGGAUUUGCUGCCGCACGCAACGCACGCUCGUCAUGUCAACGAGCUACUACCUGCUCGUGUCUUUGCUGAUCGUCGCGUGGCAGAGCGGCGCGCAAGCCAACUGGUGGUACUUGGGACUGGAAUCGAGGCUGACAUCCGGCUCGAUUCAAGGGAGCGGCGUCGAUCCGCAGACGCAGCUCGCCGGCGCGGGUGUGAUCGGUCCAGCGAGUGCCGAAAAGAACUGUAAGAACGCGCACCUGACCGCCAAGCAGCAGGCAAUAUGCUCCCGCUCGCCACCCGUUCUGCAGGCAGUCAGCGCGGGCGCUAGGCUCGCCAUAGAGGAGUGUCAGCACCAGUUUAGAUCAGCGAGAUGGAACUGUUCAGUCAGCCCGGAAAAUCCCGAGAACGUGUUUGGCGGCGUCACGUUAGUCAAUAGUCGAGAGGCCGCGUUCAUAUAUGCCGUAUCAGCAGCCGGGGUCGCUUACAGCGUCACGAGAGCUUGUUCCAGAGGCGAACUCACCGAUUGCUCCUGCGACAAUCGAGUGAGAUCACGACGUCCGAACAAUUGGCAAUGGGGAGGAUGCAGCGAGGAUAUACACUUUGGUGAAAAGUUUUCGCGAGACUGGUCUGACAGUGGAGAGGAACCGGUGAAAGAAGGCGUCCUGCACGGGCCAAAAGGGCUGGCUGGUCAGCUGAUGAGGAAACAUGAUAGCGAAGCAGGCAGACGUGCAAUUCGCUCUAGGAUGCAGCGUGUAUGCAAGUGUCACGGUAUGUCCGGUUCGUGUAGCGUGCGUGUGUGCUGGAGAAGACUUCCGGCAUUCAGGAUGGCCGGAGUUGCUCUGGCAGCUUUGCACGAGGGUGCCGCUCUGGUACGAUUGGCUCAACGUGGUGGAAGAAGACCAGCUAGGCUCAGACCGGCGCGUCCUGAUCUCAAACGACCGAACAAGACGGAUCUAGUUUAUCUCGAGGACAGUCCUGAUUACUGCGAGAGGAAUCUCACACUCAGCAUUCCCGGUACACGAGGAAGAAUAUGCAAUCGGACGUCUCUUGGUCUUGACGGAUGCCGGCUGCUGUGCUGCGGCCGGGGCUACCAGACGCGGGUGCGAGACGUCACUGAGAAAUGCAAGUGCCGAUUCGUCUGGUGCUGUCACGUCAAGUGCGAGUUGUGUCGACAUACGCGGGAGGAGCAUGUGUGUAACUAGAAUCGUAAAUGCAUUCCGAAUGGAGUUCGUUCGGCCUAUCUGCAGGAACGCGCUCACGUUUUAUUCUUUAAGUUAUAAUUAUCGUAAUUAAUUUGUUGCCACACGCUUUACGUUGUAUAUCCUCAUCAGUUGAUGCCGCAAGAGGCUACACAACGAUAUGUUACGUCGAUGCUGUUUUUCGCCUAACUUAAUUCUUCAGCAACUAUUGAUCGCGCGAACGAAGCAGGGCGAACGCUCUUAUUGAGGCAAAUACUUUGAAAUUUGCUUACGCUUGACGUAAAAGUAUUUGUUUCUGUGAGAGACUAUAACAAAUAUAUGGAAAGAAUUGUGAAUGAUAAAUGAGAGAAAUAUGACAAGAAAUAACUCGAAUAAUUGUAUAUUAUAAUUCGGUACAUGCGCAUGUUUUCAUUUAAAAACAGAUGUUUUAAUUAUACUUUUUGCUAAAAGUAGCUUCACUUAGUCACAUAUGAUCUAUCGAUUUAAAGAUCAUUUUUUUAAACAGCUAUGAUACGUUUCUAUCUAUAAAGAACGCUAUAAAGAAGUUCGAACGAAAGUCCCCUAAUGAUCAAGAUAUUCUCAGUAUUAUUAUUAUCGUGCGGCUAAUGUAACGCAAUGCUCGCCCAGUCGCUGUUGCGUGGCUUAUCAUGAUAGUUUGACUGUCAGGUGUCACAUUACUUACGCGAACGUUAAUGCAUUGAAAGUCAAUGUGUUACUUUAAUUUACAUUUAAUCGUGUAAUAUUAUCUCGACUCGGACGUACCGCAAAGGAAAGAUUUAUAUAUUCCAGAAAUACAUUAACACGCAUGUCACGCAUAUUUUGUAUGGCAUCGAGUUCUUAUCCCUCGUUUCGAUUAUUUUAUAUAUAUAUAUAUAUAUAUGUAUUUUAUAUAUAUGUAUAUA